CCGCCCGCGAGUGGCCGAGGGUGCGGGCGAGGCGGGCGGAGGAUCUCCCGCGGCUUGGAAACUGGUUUGAACAGCAAUAACGCGUUACUCGGCCGAGCUAUAAGUGAACCCCACCCCUUGGUAAUCAUUUUAUACAGGACUGCCAAACUGUGCCACAGGGGAAAGAGGUCAGAGGGUCUCGUCUCGAAUAGCUGUCAAACAAGAGGAAGAAAAAUAUGGACUUCACCGAGGCCUAUGAUGAUACAAGUUCCUCUGUUGGCCUGGCUGCCCGCCUCGGUGAUACUCAGCUGCUUCAAGAACUCCUGAAGAAAGGUUAUCCAGCCAAUGGACAUGAUAACCGCGGCUGGCAACCCCUUCAUGAAGCUGCAUACAAUGGGCACGCUGAGUGUGUUUCCCUUCUCACAGGAUCAGAAAGUGUUGAAGUAGAUGCUCUAACACAUGAAGGAACAACACCAUUACAACUGGCGUGCUGCCAAGGAACACGUCAUACAGUGGUGGUUAAGCUCCUGAUCAAAGCUGGAGCAGAUCCCAACAUGAUGAAGGGGGAUGAUUGGGUGUUGCCACUGCCUAAAGCUAUAACCAGUAAUAAUAUCGACAUCGUGAAGGAACUUCUAGAUGCUGGUGCCGAUGUUAAUCGCGAAGAUCAUCACUCGGGGCUUCCUCUUCAUGUUGCUACUGAUCAGGGACUGAAAGACAUCACUGAACUUCUCUUGGAAAAUAAAGCUGAUAUCAACAUGUGCGAUACUUCAGGCAGAAAUGCUCUUCAUGUGCUCAUGUUCAGUCAGUCGCAUGAUGAUGAGGAGAUCCAACCGAUGCUGUCCUUGCUUCUCCAGAAAGGGAUUGAUGUGAAUGUACAGAUGAAUGAUGGAACAACGCCUUUGAUGCUUGCUGUGCAGAGGAGAUGGAGGCUGACAGUGGAGAAACUUUUAGACAACGGUGCUGAUGUUAACAUUGCAAAAACAGACGGAGUGUUAGCUCUUCAUUUUGGGAUUGAAUUUUGCUCUGAUGAAACAAGCAAACCUUCAGAGGAAAAUGUAUGCGAGGAAAGUCUAGCCGCCAUGUCAACUGAACAGCUCUGUAUCAUGAAGAAGAUUUUGGACCUUACCGACAAUACGCUUAUCAUACCAAAGUCGGCAGAAGCGAUCAAGUACAGUCUUUACCACUUGGCAGUUGAAUGGGACAAAUUCAACUGCCUGAAAUUACUUCUAGAGGCAAACAUCCCUCCAGAUGCUUUUCUUCAAGAAACAAGUAAUGCUGUGCUGGACGAGGCUGAUGUUAGUCUUUUCCGUCAAGUUCCUCUAGUUCUCCCUCUGGAAAUUAGUGUUGACACUCCACUUGGAUUUCUUCUAUCAAAACCUUUCACAAGAGAGAGAAUAGAUACAGCAAAGUUAAUGAUCCGUAAAGGAUGUUCAGUUAAUGCAGUAAAUAAAAACACUUUACCUCCUCUGGUAGCUGUGGUUAAACAUCAGCGAGCUGUAUAUAGCAACGAUGACCUGGGCUGCGAAGUACUUGAGUUCCUUCUGGAACAUGGGAGCAAUAUUAUGUACAAGAUAAGAGACUGUGAUAUUCUUCCAGUUGCACUGUAUGUUGCAUCUCUAUUUAAUGUCGCUGCCUUGUUCAAGAUUCUGCAGCAUGGCGUUCCUGUUUCUCGGAUAUUCACUCAUGCAGCUCUGCAAGCACUUAGUCUGCAUUACAGAUCAUCUUCAUUUUACAACAUAUAUCCAUUAUUUCCAUGGAGAGUCAUAUCUUGGCUCCAUACUGUUAACCUGUUUUUGCCACAAUUCAGCCUUGACACAGAUAUGUUAUUUGACCAGCAUAGAAUGGUAGAUGAUGAAAAUUUGUCAAAUGCUUGGAAAAACUUCAGCAGAACUAUUGGUUCCCCUAAAAGUUUGCAGCAACUGUGUGUCUUAGCUGUCCGAGAGGCAGUUGGCACUGCAAAAGGUUGGCCUCAGCUGAUGCGCUUUCUGAAGCAGUUGGAAUUCAUGAAUGCUCCUCUGCCGCCAAUAAUCAUGGACCUUUUAUUAUUUACUCAGGUACAGAGUGAUAGCUUAUUCUGUUGCCCUCCUCAAAAUGCAAUGUUGAGCUAUCUUGCUCCCGAGUCACCCCCAGACUCUGAGGUUGAAGAGAACUCCUAUGCUGAAGAGGUUAAUGCAGAGGAAGAGGAUAUUACCAGUAUUGAGAAUGAAGGGGAGAGUGAUGAGGGGUCUGAGGGGAAUAGUGAUGACACAGAGAUGAAAAGCCUGAAAGAUGAGAGUAUGGAACAUGGGCAAGACCUUGAAGACAGUAACUGUAAUGAUGAAAAAGAGGCAGGGAAUGAUGGUCCUGCCACUGUGGAAGGGGAGUCAAGCGAUGGCAAGACGGAGCCUUGUGAUGCGACUAGUAUGGACAUCUUUAAAGCUUCAUAACCAGAAAUGUGAAAGUAUUCUGAGAGUAUUAAGCAGACACGUGACCAAACGUGUUUGAAAAAUUGAAAGUAUAAUAGGAAAUAGAUUAUUUUGAUAAAUAAAAGUGUAAAUAUUUAAAAACUGUAAAUGAAUUUCCUUUCAACUGAUCUUUCUACACAGUAUAAACUUUAUACACAGUAAUCACAGCAAUGUACAAAUGCAAUGUGGUUCAUGAAAAGAAUCUAAUAAAAAAAUUGCAUAUAA